AAAUUGUGUUCGAACCAGUCAAAGUUUAUAUGCGCAGAAUGAACAAAAAUUCAUCGUCCGAUGUGUAUGAUCUUGUGGUCAACGAAUAAUAAAACGCAUAAUAAGCGCCACUUGCAUCUUCUCCCGUCACUUAGCACAUCCAAUAUGAGAUUUGAAGUUUCUUAUCUAACUGUCUUAUCCGGUCGAUGAAUAAUCAUGUUCACUCGCUACCUCCUGAUUUCGGUGACAUGUAUUCUUUAGAUAAAAUUCUGUGUUUUGUGUUUGAAUCGUGGAAUUUAUAAUAAUUGCUGUUGUUAUAUGUUAGCGUUAACAAGACUUUAUAGAAAUGGUGAAUAUAGGUACAAUACUAAAGACUUAUCCGUUGCAUUGGCUUGUGUGGAAUAACAACUAUCUAGAACUUGAGGAACAAUUAUCUUCAAAACUGCAUGAUAUUGAAAAAGUUGAUAACAGAGGGAGAACACCGUUAAUGCUAGCUGUAACUUUGGGUUAUACCGAUUGUGUUGAAGUGUUAUUACAACAUGAUGCUAAUGUUAAUACAGAAAAUACUCAAGGAUGGACUGUGGUCCAAGAAGCGGUUGGUACAGGAAACCCUGAAUUGCUACAAAUGGUGCUAGCACGUAGAGAUUAUCAAAGAUAUUGUAAUCGGACAGCUGGUAUUCCAGAAUUACUUCAUAAACUUAAACAAGCUCCUGACUUUUAUGUUGAAAUGAAAUGGGAGUUUACUAGUUGGGGUAACUAUAAAAAUGUGUAAUAUCCCCAUUAUUUUUGGUUACAAAU